AUGGAUGCCAGCGAGAUAUCCUAUGGGACCCUGAUUCUAAUAGAGAUCAUUAUUGGCAUGUGGAGGAAUGUCAUCCUCCUCCUGGUUUAUGCUCCCAUGGUCUUCACCAACCACAAGAUGAACCUGUUAGACUUGAUCCUCGCCCAGCUGGCCUUGGCCAACACCAUCAUCCUUCUCACUCUUGGCAUCCCAGAGACCAUGUCAGCUUGGGGGCUGAGGAACUUCCUGGAUGCUGUUGGAUGUAAAAUCCUCUUCUACCUCUAUCGAGUGGGCCGGGGCCUUGCCAUCUGCACCACCUGCCUCCUGAGCAUUUUUCAAGCCAUCUCCAUCAGCCCUGGCACCUCCCGGUGGGCAAGAGUCAAAGCCAGAUUACCCAGGAGCAUCCUCCCUUCCUGCCUCUUCUCUUGGGUCCUCAGUCUGCUGAUAGAUAUGACUGCACUGCUGUACAUGGAGGGACCCCGCAACAUCACCAAUAUUGAAAUGACAUUCAUUUUCAAAUACUGCUCCUCCACUAGUCCAAAUACAGUCACCACUCUGGUCAAUGCCGUGGUCCUCUCCCUGCGGGACCUAUUCUUUGUGGGGCUCAUGAGCGCAGCCAGCGGCUACAUGGUGCUUCUUCUGCACAGACACCACCAGCAGGUCCAGCACCUCCAUGGGCCUGGUUGCUACCCCAGGGUGAUGCCCGAGGUCCGGGCAGCCAAGUGUGUGGUUUCCCUAGUCACCCUCUAUGUCCUCCUCUUUGGGCAAGAGACAGUCACGCUGAGCAUUUUAAUCAACAUGAGGAAAAAAUCCCCUCAUCUGGUAAAUUCUUUCAAGGUGUUGUCCUUUACCUUCUCGGUCAUCAGUCCAUUUCUGGUUCACAACAACCAGAGGAUGAGAAUGUUUGGGAGAAGGACAUCUCCCAUUUCCAACUCUGAUUCCUCACCAGCUCCUAAGGAAGUUGCAUGA